AUGAGUUCUGUAAGUGCUGAAGAAAGAAACAAGAAUCUGCUACUGGAAAGGAAGAAUAGGUGGAAGCAGAAGAAGGCAGAACUUGAUGCUAAGAAAAAGCAGCAUGUUACUAACAACAAUUCUAGUCCAUCUUCGGAAGAAACAUUAAAGGCCAGACAAGCCAAACUAGCAAAAUGGAAGAAAUUGAAGAACUCGAAGGUUAAGGACAAACACUUGACUUUACAAGAAUCAACUAAAUAUUCCGCGGACAAGAGGAGGCGUGUCUUUGAAGAGAGUGAUGAGGAAGACGCCAUUCCUCCGCCAAAAUUAUACAGGCCUGAUAAUUCGACUGUGGAAUCGCCAGUUGUUAGUGAAAAAAAAGAUGAAGGCGAAGACCCUCUCGAUAAAUAUAUGGCGUCAUUACAGAAAGAUGAUAUACAAAGUGGCAGUCGUGUAAGCAAAGUUUUCGAUAAUGAUGAUGACGACGUGGAUGAUUACUUUCAUGAACAAGAUGUUAACGAAGAUCACAAUGAAGACAAUGAUUAUAUUCGCGUCAGAAAAUUAAACUCCAAAAAAAAUGUCAAGAAAGUGACGUAUUCAGUAGAACAUCUGGAGCCUUUUCAGAAGUCCUUUUAUGUGGAACCAGAGGAGAUCAAAAAGAUGACUGAUGAUGAAGUCAAUGAGCUUAGAUUAAGCUUAGAUAAUAUCAAAGUAAGAGGGGAGGGUUGUCCACGCCCGAUUCUCAAGUGGUCGCAUUUGGGUUUGACAACAGAUAUCAUGAAUUUGGUCUCUAAGGAAUUCAAGUUUAUCGCACCAACGCCCAUUCAGGCUCAGGCAAUGCCAGCAAUUAUGUCAGGAAGAGAUGUUAUUGGUAUUUCAAAAACGGGCUCAGGAAAAACAGUAUCAUUUCUAUUACCUAUGUUGAGGCAGAUAAAAGCGCAAAGGGCCCUUUCCAAAGAUGAAACUGGGCCGGUAGGUUUGAUAUUAGCGCCAACAAGGGAGCUGGCAGUUCAAAUUCACGAAGAAGUCGUUAAAUUUACUGACUCUAUGAUACACUCAAUAUGCUGCACUGGCGGUUCAGAGCUCAAACAACAAAUAAAUGAUCUAAAAAAGGGUGUUGAACUAGCAGUUGCAACUCCAGGUAGAUUUAUAGAUCUUCUCACUUUAAACUCUGGAAAAUUAAUGAAUACAAAAAGGAUAACAUUUGUUGUAAUGGAUGAAGCUGACAGGCUCUUUGACUUAGGGUUUGAACCACAAAUUACUGAAAUCAUGAAAACAAUUAGACCCGACAAGCAGUGUGUGUUGUUCAGUGCCACUUUCCCUACUAAACUAAAAAGUUUUGCGAUGCGAAUUUUACGUAAUCCAAUCAGCAUUACAAUCAAUUCAAAAAGCUUGAUUAAUGAAAAUAUCGAACAGCAAGUAAAAAUUUUGGGGACUGAUGACGAGAAGUUCCAGAAAAUGGUAUCUAUUUUGGCUAAACGAGUCAAAACUACCAAGGAUAAUCGCUUAGGCGAUGUAGAUGUUGACGAAAAAACAAUUGUUUUUGUUUCUAGUCAGCAAAUAUGUGAUUUAAUAUACCAUAAAUUAUCAGAUCAAGGUUUUGUGACUCAUGCUAUCCAUGCAGGGAAGCCUUACAAUGAGAGAGCAUCGAGCUUAGAAAAAUUUAAGAGUUCACCUAAUAGCAUUUUGAUUUGCACAGAAGUACUUUCUCGCGGGCUUAACGUACCCGAGGUUUCACUAGUCAUUAUUUAUAACGCGGUCAAAACCUUUGCACAGUACGUGCAUACAACUGGCCGGACUGCCCGGGGAACUAAUCAUGGUACAGCUUUGACACUUCUUCUUCAGGAUGAGUUUGCAGCAGCUUAUAUUAUUAACAAAUCAUUACGGGAUCCGGAAAAGCUCAACAUGAACCCCAUGGAUUUACAAGCUCUCCAGAACAUGAGUUUGAACUUUGAAAGCGGUAUGAAAACUGGAAAAUACAGGUUAGCUAAAGGAUUUGGGGGCAAAGGCCUGGACCACAUGGAAAAGCUGAAUGAUCAGAAACACAGUGAAGAGUUGAAAAAUUAUGGUUUGAAGGAUCAGCAGUCUGUUUCUUCAAUAGAUGAGUCCAAUGUUGACACUGACGCCGGACAGGGUCAAGUUCCUAAGUUACAAUAUGUUGUUCUCCAGAACAAAAAUCCUGACGGAAAUGUGACAUACAGCGCGGAAGUCAACGUCAACGAUCUUCCUCAAUUAGUUAGAUGGGAAGCAACGAAGAACAAUACUUUAGUAUCUAUAAGACACGAAACGGGCUGCAGCAUAACAAACCGAGGGAGGUUUUAUGCUGAUGGGGCUGGUCCUAAAUCAAAAGAUGAUGAGCCUAAGUUAUAUCUUCUGAUAGAAGCUCAAGAAGAAAAGGAUGUUAGACUGGCUAUAGAUUUGCUCGAGGGAAAGGUUAGAGAGGGUGUUAAGAAGGCUACUGUUCAAGAAGCCAAAAGCGGUAAGUUUUCAUUGUAA